GGACUUUCCAGCCUACGAGGGGAGCAGCUGUCGGCAUCAUACAUCAGUCAAAAACACCUAUGGCAGAGGGAGACCCAUCCAGGCACUGGGAGCUGGAGAGACAGGAUGUCAAGCAGGUUGAAGCCCGGCUCAGCCAUAGGCUGCAGGACUUAGAGGAAGCACGACUCUACCACAUGAAUUCAAUGAUCAAAGAGCAGAGGGAGAUACAGAGACUGCAACAAGGCAAUUCCCGGAAGAAGGCCCAUGUCACUCUAGGGGACUUCUCCCAGGAGGUUGGUAAAAAGCCAGCUCUGCCCACGCUCCCCACUUCGUCAGGGCAGCAGCACAGCAACAGCCGAGCGGAGCAACUGAGAGCACCGAGAAGUACUUUGCCCAAGAUGGAGGGACCCACACGGGCAGCCCAAUCACCCUUGCAGCAUCAGACACGCAACGGUGACAUCCUGGAUGAUGCAGAACAGGAGUCCUCUGGAAGGCAUGGAUCGACUUCAACAUGCACCCAGACUAAAGCUGCAAGCUCCAUCCCAGACAUCAACCUGUCUGACCUCAGAUAUUCCGUCGCCAGGCGGCUGAACAUCUCUGCCAAUCUGGCAGAGCAGGAAGAAACCAGCAGCCAAGGAGAGCUGGGUACAGGCCCCACAGUGCUUCCCCAUGGACAGUCAGAGGCCAGCGAUGUGGAUGGCAGUGACACCAUGCCCAAGCCCACUAGCUGCACAGGGAGAAGGAAGCCUUCCCUUGGCCAUGAGAAGCUAAGCUCUGAUACAGAUGCCUAUGCCCCCGACAGCAGCCACCUCAGAUCCAUGCACAGCAGGCCUGGGUUUCUGGAGUUGUAUGCUGAAGCCAGGAAGGCCCGGUUUAUCCGGCACAAGGGCAUUCCAGCCUCGGAGAAGGAACUCAGCCUGCAAGAGAUCUUUGGGCAUGAAAACAGCUUAGACCCCAGCCCCCCAGCAGAAGAACAGAAGCAGCACAACCCUAAAUGAUGGCUCCUUCCCCUAAGGGAGGCUUGUGAGGGUCAACCACAGGAAAAGGUGGUCUGCCCCGCUGUCUGGAACAGCCAGCUAGCCAGGGUUAUAGAUUCAUAGAUUGUAAGGCCAUUAGGGCAUCUAGUCUGACCUGCUGUAGAAGACGUGCCAUGGAAUUUCAUCCAGCUACUGCCCAUAGCUUCUGCUUGACCUACAGCAUAGCUUUUCGAAAGAAACACCACCUCCUGAUGGAAAGAUUUCAUCUGAGGAAGA